GCGUCUGGCUGGCGAGCGAAGGUACGCGGGACACACGGAAUGCAUUGUCAGGCGUAGACUAGACCGGAGGUCCGAAACUCCGCAGAGCUGGCGGGCACAGUGACUGGCAGGUUAGCUUGCGGUUGUCCUUCAACAAUUGCUUCUACCAUAUCCACCGACGACGGAAACGGCAUGGUGGCCAAGGAUUACCCGUUUUACCUCGUUCUGAACAGAGCCAACUGCUCUAUAGAGGUGCAAACCUUGAGCAGCAGCCCAGCCAAAGAAGUUGAGGAGCCCAGCAACAAGCGCAUAAAGCCACUCUCACGUGUCACCUCAUUGGCCAGCCUCAUCCCUCCGGUCAAAGCUGCUCCCCUCAAACGCAUUGGACAGACUUUGCAGCGGUCCAUCAGUUUCCGCAGUGACAGUCGGCCGGAGACUGUGCCCCCCCGACCAUGGAGUCGCCAAGCCCCUCCAGCAGUCACCAAAAGGCGCGACAGCAAGCUAUGGAGCGAAACCUUUGACGUACGUCUGGACCAGAUGCUCUCAUCCAGAGAGAUCAAGCGGCAGGAGGCCAUCUUUGAGCUGUCUCAGGGGGAACAAGACCUGAUUGAGGAUCUUAAACUUGCCAAGAAGGCAUACCAUGACCCCAUGCUAAAGCUGUCCAUCAUGACAGAACAUGAACUGAACCAGAUCUUUGGUACACUGGAUUCUCUCAUUCCUCUCCACGAAGAUCUGCUCAGUCGCUUGAGGGAAGUCCGCAAGUCUGAUGGAUCUACAGAGCAUGUGGGACACAUCCUUGUUGACUGGCUGCCAUGUCUAGACUCAUACAACAUGUACUGCAGUAACCAGGUGGCUGCAAAAGCACUGCUGGACCAUAAGAAGCAGGAUCACCGCGUGCAUGACUUUCUGCAGCGCUGUUUAGAGUCUCCCUUUAGCCGCAAACUGGACCUGUGGAAUUUUCUGGACAUCCCACGCAGCCGCCUUGUCAAAUAUCCCCUCCUGCUGAAGGAGAUCCUCAAACACACCCCCAACGACCACCCUGACCGCCAGCACCUAGAGGAAGCAAUGAACAUGAUCCAGAAUAUUGUAGCAGAGAUCAAUGGACAGACAGGGGAGUCAGAAUGCCGCUAUUACAAAGAACGUCUUCUUUACCUGGAGGACAGUCAAAGAGACCUGCUGAUUGACAGCUCCCGCAUCCUAACCUGCCAUGGUGACCUGAAGAACAACAAAGGAGUUAAACUGCAUGUGUUCCUGUUCCAAGACGUGUUGGUGAUCACACGUGCCAUCACCCAGAGUGAGCAGCUGUGGUACCAGCUGUACCGCCAGCCCAUCCCUGUGCGUGUGCUGGAGUACGAGGACCUGCAGGACGGAGAGAUACGCCUGGGUGGCUCCAUCAGGGGGGCCUUCAGCAAUAACGACAGGACAAAGAACUUCUUCCGAGUGUCAUACCGCUGUGGGGGCCAGCUGCAGUCCCACUGCUUUCAGGCCAGUGAUGCCUUUAACAAGCAGCAGUGGCUCAAUUGCAUCCGGCAGGCCAAAAGUGCAGCUUCCAUGGCUGCCGGAGACUUAAACCCCUUUUCCCAGCUGUCAACUGCCCCCUUGAGGUCCUCAGAGCCUGUGUCAUCGCCCCCCCACCCAGAGCCAAUGGAAGGCCUGGAGCAGAACGACACUGAACACUCCCAUUGUAGCAUGGACAUCAGUGAGGGCUUGUGCGCCCCCAAAGAACACACAGAGUCGGCAGGGGAUUCUGAAGUGUGAUCAGCAGUUAGCGAUGGAUUAUACAGACUGUGAUAGGAUGUGAAGGUGGGAUUAAAACUUCACCAUUUAUGUAUAAGUAAGUAUAAGUAUAUAUACUCUUUUGAUCCCGUGAGGGAAAUUUGGUCUCUGCAUUUAUCCCAAUCUGUGAAUUAGUGAAACACACUCAGCACACAGUGAACACACAGUGAG